UUAACAAAACAUUCAUUAACAAACAAUAAAUUGGCCCAAAAAUCCUGCACAAUUCGUGCCGAAAAUGGUGACAAUCGAAAGAUAAGCAAAGUAAGCGCACGUAUUCGGCGAUAUUCACUCGAGGGCGGGCGCGCUGAGCAGCCUUUUUCGACGGGCAAUUGUGUUGUGAAAAGUCACGCUCGCAGCAGUGGAACGCGCUGUGGUCGGUUCUUGCCAUUCUCCGGUUCGGUUCUUUCGCCUCAUCCGACGGGAUGGCCAGUGAAGAUAAUGUGAAAUCGCUAUGCGAAAUUACCGGCCUCAAGGAGGAGCAGGCGACCAACCUGCUGACGGCGUACAACGGUAACCUUGAGGGCGCAAUCAAUGCGUUCUUCGAGAACCCCGAAGGCAUUCUUAACCCGGAACCGGCGGUCGUGAUCGACGACGAUGACAGCAGCUCUGGGCCGUCCCGGUCGGGUUCCGGAUCCGCGUCGAACGCGGCCAGCUUCAUGAACGACGAUGACGACAACGUCCGUGCUCCGAUACCGAGAAAGACGGAAAUUUUGCUCCCACAGCUCGAAACGAACCGAGCGCGGAUCGGCAAACGGCGGGCGGCCAUCAUCACCGAAGUGCCGUUCCGGAACUUUGAGCUCGAGGGUCGCAUCCAGGAGCAGAUGCUGUUGCAGGGUCCAUCGGCAAAGAAAAUCACGCGACUCGAAGCACUGUUUAUGCCCCCGUUCGACAUUCUGUUCUCCGGCGGAUUCGAUUUGGCCCAGCACCACGGCCGCUCCGUCGAUCGCUGGUUGCUGGUCAAUUUGCAGGAUGACCUCAACUUCAGCUGCCAGAUGCUGAACCGCGACCUGUGGUCCGAUGCGCAGCUAAAGGAGUUCAUGCGCCGCCAUCUGGUGUUUUGGCAGCAAUCGAACAAAACGAACGACGGCGCCAAGUUUAAGACGUUCUACAAAGUCCGCUCGGAACCGUACCUGGCCAUGAUUGACCCGCGGACCGGCGAGGAGGUGCGUAGCUUCUCCACCACGGACCUGACGCCCGUCAGAUUUCUCGAAACGCUCAAAGCAUUCCUCGUGGACAACAAAUCGCCCCACGGAAAGGAGGUUAACGUGAGCCAGGAGCUUGCGGCGGCGGCGGCCGGUCCUUCGACGUCGAUUGGACCGAAACUUGGCUUCGGGGCCGGCGCAGGAUGUGCGGCUGCUACGGCCGGUAGCAGUAGGCAGCAUCAGAGGCCCGCAACGGCCACGGUCACCGCGGGCAGUCGAUCGAAUCCGUGGACCGUCACCGUUGUCGAUGAAGAUGAAGAUGAUUUCCAGGAAAUCACGGACAGUGAGAGUGACGAUGAGGAGUCGAACGCCGAACGUCCGCAGGUUGCACCGGCGAAAUCAACCAAACCAUCCCCAAACGCCACUCCGGUGCUACGGCCGGCCCGUGACGGUCGAGCCCUGGGCGAAUGUAAUGAUAAACCUGCUGCUGCUGCUGCUGCCAGUGACGGAACUCAGGAAGAUGAUGUUGGUCCUUCUCACGAGGAACCACCGUCGGGCGGCACAAACAAAGAUGGUCUCGCAGGUAGUCAACGGCCCACGACCACCGAUGUCAGCUCGGACUCGGAAUCCAGCCUCGCGGCGGACCAGAAGACACGUAUUAUGCUCAAGAUGCCGGGCAACGUAUCGGAGCGGCUGUUCUUUCGGAGUUCGCGCACCCUUCAGCAUGCCAUGGCCAAGUUGCUGCAAAAGUAUGAGAAACAUUUCCCGAACCGCGCCGCCGCCGAUGCCAGCACGGACGUUCGGUUCUUUUGUCAGGCGAUUAAGGCGGACCUCGCGACGCUCGACCCGCAGCGGACGCUGCUCGAGCUGAAGAUUCACCCGAACGCUGUGAUCCACGUGACGACCGAUGAUUGAAGAGAGAGAGAGAGAGCUGAGCACGGUGUCCCUCCGCCGAAACUCGGACUUGGGCAGGGCACGGCUCUUUAUUGUGUAAUUUUUGUGUAAGGGAUGUCCCCGAAGAUAAAUUAUUCAUUUUU